AUGAAAGGAGUGACCCGUUUCGGGAAGAGAGGUAAGCUGAACCCUCGAUACAUCGGACCCUACGAGAUAUUGGAUCGAGUUGGCCCUUUAGCAUAUCGCUUAGCAUUGCGGCCAUGUUUGUCUGGAGUGCACAAUGUCUUCCAUGUAUCGGCAUUACGAAAAUAUGUCGCAGACCCCUCACACGUGUUGGAGGCUGAAACGAUUCCCUUACGGGAAAAUUUGUCAUACGAGGAGGGACCCAUGAAGAUCAUUGAUAAGAAAGAGAACGAAUUACGCCGGAGACGGAUCCCAAUGGUCAAAGUGAUGUGGAGUAACCACCAAUCGCUAGAGGAAGCUUCAUGGGAACUAGAAGAGACUAUGCGUGACAAAUACUCGUAUUUGUUUGCGUAG